AUGAAUAGUGAAGAAGAAUUCUAUGAUGCCGUCACAGGUGAGUAGAGAAUGGUGCAUUUCUAUCUUUUUAAAGGAAAUUAUACUUUAAUAUAUUAAACAUUUGGGGAAAGUUUGAGAAGGAAUCCUGUCUGUUUUGAAUACCGUAUUUUUCGCCCCAUAGGACGCACUGGCCCAUAGGACACACCUAGUUUUUUGGGGUGGAAAAUAAAGGGGGAAAAAAUUUUUUUCCCCUCCAGGUGCGCUGCGCUAAUCCCGCAGCUUGGGGUGUGCGGAGCUCAGUGCGCCCCAAGCUUCUGGGUGCAGGCAAGCUCUCCGCUAGCCCUGGGAGAGCUGGGUCUUCCACGGCUAGCGGAUAGCUUCCUGAAGCCUGGAGAGCGAGAGGGGUCGGUGCGCACCGACCCCUUGCUCUCCAGGCUUCAGCGAAGCCUGCAUUCGCCCCAUAGGACGCACACACAUUUCCCCUUCAUUUUUGGAGGGGAAAAAGUGCGUCCUAUAGGGCGAAAAAUACGGUAAUAGAUCUCUGUACUUUUGUGGCUUUAUCUUAAAUACCCAAGCCUCUCCCACCCUUACUCCAAAAAUCAAUCCUCCCCAGGAAAAAAAGCAAGUUGUUUCCACAGUGGAAUCUAUAGUCAUUCGGAGAGGAAAAGUUAAAAAUGAAGGCAUAAGAGUAAAUUGUAUUGGUUGAGAUUCUUACAGCUUACAGUUCAUGAGGAAGAACAUUGUAGGUUGGAACCUUGAAAUGUGAAUUCUGGUGAGGGUAGACAUUCCCACAGGGUUGGGAAACUGUGUCUCUCAAGCUGUUAUCGGACUUCAUCAGCCCCAGCCAGCAUUUCUAGUAGUCAGGGCUGAUGAGAGAUGGAGCUGCAGGCCCCACUUAUCAUUUACAGAAAUAAACAGAAAUAUAUUCAACCAUUCCAAUAAAAUAUUUUCAAUUUGGCUAUUUUCCUGACUUUUCCUUUCUACCAAAAUGGAAAACUGAGUUAUAAUGGCCAUCUCAUAGCUGAUGGGGGUGGUGACUCAUAAAAGGAAGAUAAGAAGGUAUUAGAUAAGAGUAUUGUUUUAGAAGGAGAAGACACAACUGGGCGCUGGGGUUUCCAAAACUGUUUGGAAAUGGAGGGAAGGGCAUGGACUUGAGCAAUUUACUAGAAACUUACUGUCUAAGAACUAGCGCAAACUUAUGGGCGUGGGCAGGGAGGUCAGCCCCCCCCCAUCAAGCAAAUACAGUGGUACCUCUGGAUGCGAACGGGAUCUGUUCCAGAGCCCCGUUUAUAUCCCAAAGCGAAUGCAAUCUGCGUGUGCGUGGGUCACAGUUCGUCGCUUCCGCCCAUGCACGUGAUGUCAUUUUGAGCAUCUGUGCAUGUGCGAGCGGCGAAACCCGGAAGUAACACGUUCUGUUACUUCCGGGUCGCCUCCGAGCGUAACCUGAAAACGCUCAGCCCGAAGCUACUUCAACCCAAGAUAUGAUUGUAAAUAGAAAUACUUAAGUAACUGACCAAUUGCAUCACAUAUAUCUCUAUAUCUCAGUUCUGCCCCCCCACAACAUAAAGCCUGCCCCCCCCCCCCAUGAAUCCUGGCUACGCCUAUGAGCAAACUUGCAUUAUAUACAUGUUUACUGGAAAUACAUUGCUUGUGUUUUAGGGGAAACUCCUAGUUGCAGAUAUUUUUGUCCUCUAGACUUUAAACCACGAAGCAGUGGUUGUUGUCACCUGCCAAACAUAACGGCUUUCAGGGUCUGUCUUGUUCCUCCCUCUGCUCUUCUCUCUCUCUCUCUCUCUCUCUCUCUCUCUCUCUCUCUCCCCCCGCCCCAUAUUUCAUUGACUAUUUCUUUGUGAGACUAUUUCUGUAAAUAAAAGUAUAUAUGUAAAAAAGCAACUCUUACUGUACUUGUCUACAUAAGUAAUUAUGCUUCAGGGAAUUCAGAGGGGGGCAUAACCAUACCAGUCCACAUAUUGUUUGUAAAGAUCCACUUUGGUGGAUGGGAGAUUGCCUCCUCUUGAUGUGGUUACACUCCAUUUUAUGUCAAAUGUUUUGGUUAUUUUGGAUGAAUACAAAGUCAACUUACUACAAGCCAAAGGAUUGCUAAUAAACGGCUUUUGGGCAUGUUUGUUACACUAGAGUCCUAGGCAUGUCUACUCAGAAGUAGGUACUGUUGAGGUUAAUGAGUCUUACUCCAGUAAAGAGUGCAGAUUGCAGUCAUAAAAGCAUCAAGGAAUUGUCUCUGACUUUCAGUAAAUUUGCUUUCAUUUCAACUUACGUAAUUGUGGCAGUCAUCAACAAAUUCCACCGCACUUAUUGCCAGCAGGUGGCUCUGUUAAUUGUAUUCAUCUCCUAAAAUAAGUGAGCCACUGACCUUGCUCUGCUUCAAGAACCUACAAAUGACAUGUAACCUUAUUUUACACUCUUGGCAGCAUUGUAGGUUGCAUUAGGUGUUAGAUUCCUAGAGCCAGUGGAAUUUUAAUUACUAUCAACACUAACAAUAAUUCUUUUCACAAACACUAGAAUAAAGUUCAAGUUUUAAGGAUAGGUUGUAGUUCCAUAAAAUGUUAUAUAGUGUCUUGCUUUGUUUUAUCUUGUAAUACUUAACACCAGCUGUUACAAGGUAGGUCAGUAUUAUGUCAAAAGAGACAAUGCACGUAUUUUUGUAGACCAAGAAAAUCUUUAAUUAAAAUGAUUAAAUCAUCAAAUUACAGAUUGGAAGUGGGGAUCUGAGGGACCAGUUUACCUAAUGUCAUCUAGUAAGUUUCUGGUAAAGUUGAGAUUGAUUGGUAGCCUCAGCAUUUAGCCAUCAGCUGCAUCAAAUACUUUAUUAGUUCAUCUCCUUGAAAGUUAAAUAAAUAAAUCCCUGUCACACCAUGAGAAGUUAAAGCCAGUUAUGAGGUUUGGAGGGAAAGGUGUAAUUAAUUCUAAAAUGGAGCAUUCUGAGCAGUUUGCAAUACAUGAAAUAAUAACAGACAUCAAAUCUAAUUUAUAGAUUAGAUAAUAAACAGUCUCCUUGGUUGAUUUUGAUGAACAGGAACAGAUGUGGGUAUAUAUGAGAGGUGGGUCAAAUUCUGUAGGGCAGGUUGCACAAAUCAAAUAAUUCGGAGGAUCAUUUCUGCACAAAGCCACCACAAAGGAACAGAAGGCAUGCAGGGUCAUCACCAGCUCUGCUCAGAAGCCAUAGCGGAGUGGAUGCAGGGCUACUCCAUAGGUGGGGCUAAGAGACCAGCAGCUUUUGUCGCAUAUUAUCCAUGAAUUUUUCCACCCCAUCUUGUCAUUGACAGAACUUGUAACUAAGAAUUUAUACCUGUGUACCUAAUUUCUUUCUUUACUUAUCAAUCCAUUUCCUUUCUUUAUCAUGGUUUUUUUAAUUGCUGGGAAGGACUUUUCAUGUCUUUUUUUAAAAAAAUAUGGUUCUGGAAGUCUUUUUGGCUAAAGAGUGGGCUACCUUUUUCUGAUACUGUCUCUGUCACAACCUAAAAGACUCCCAUGAUAAUGCUUUUUAGGAGAACACUACAGUUCUCACAGGGACGCGGGUGGCGCUGUGGGUUAAACCACAGAGCCUAGGACUUGCCAAUCAGAAGGUCGGCGGUUCGAAUCCCUGCGACGGGGUGAGCUCCUGUUGCUUGGUCCCUGCUCCUGCCAACCUAGCAGUUCGAAAGCACAUCAAAGUGCAAGUAGAUAAAUAGGUACCACUCCGGUGGGAAGGUAAACGGCGUUUCCGUGCGCUGCUCUGGUUCGCCAGAAGCUGCUUAGUCAUGCUGGCCACAUGACCCGGAAGCUGUACGCCGGCUCCCUCGGCCAAUAAAGCGAGAUGAGCGCCGCAACCCCAGAGUCGGUCACAACUGGACCCUAAUGGUCAGGGGUCCCUUUACCUUUACCUUACAGUUCUCACGGUUCUGUUCUUUUUGCAUUCUCCCCUAACAGACCUUCUCCUUGACUCUGAAAACAGCCCUUCAUAUAACCUUUCCACACUUUUGUUUCUCUGUUACAGGUAGCAGCCCUUUUAGGUGUGUCUAGUACAAACACACAUUGCGCCAAACUCGGAAGUGACCCAAAAAUGUCUCAAAAAGGGGCAGAACAGGGUGUUUUCAGGCUUUUCCAAUGGUGUUUCAAAUAUACGCGAUUUCACUUUUCAUGAGGCUCAGUUUUAUGUUGUGGCAGCUCUUCCUAAUAUUGCCUAUAAGGGAAUGGCAUUAUGUAUAAAAGCAAGCAGGGAGGCACCCAGUUGCUUAUGGAACACAUCUUGUGCUUGAGUUUCUAGGUGGAGAUUAGUUUCUACCUGGUUUCUAACUGGUUGGAGCUAUUACUGAGUAGAUGAGUUAAUCUUUGAUGGUUGACUCAUUAAACAUUUCAGGUCAAGUUUCUCUAGAUCCUGGUUUGUUUGUUGCAUGAGGCAACCAUGAGAGAUAUGUAAGCUUCUAUUUAUUUAUUUUGUUACGUUGAAUUCAUUUAUUUGACACCUCUCCUUUUAUACACAAUUCUGUUCAUGUCUUUCUGUGUACCAACUGCACAAUCUUAGCUAAGCCCUAGCUCAGAUUGCUGAGUUGUACCAUUUAGUUCUGGCUUACUAUUUAGGAAUAAAAUGGCAUUGAACGGGGAUGUAGAGGAGCCAUGUAUAUAAGAUGGAAGAUGAUGAUUAAAUAGCUAGUAAUUGACCAGAUAUUUGUGGGGUUGUAGUUAAUAACAACCCCACAUGAGUUGGCAUGUGGUAUUACAGGUUGAUACAAUUCUGUACAGUGCUUGAAGGUCUAAGUUAGCUUUUGAGUGCCAUGUUUCAAGAAGGACCUUUCAAAUUGAGAAAGACUUCAGAGUUAAAAUACUACUUAAGGGUUGGGGUCAUAAUUUGUCUCAGUAGUGGAGCAUCGGCUUUGAAUGCUGAAGGUCCUAGGUUCAGUCCUUGGCAUUUCCAGGUAGGGCUGGGAAAAGACUUCCAUUUGAAAGCCUGGAGAGUGUGCAGCAUAGGCAGACUGACAAGACUGAAGCAGUUUGCAAAGGCUCUGACUUGGUAUAAGGCAGCGUCCUAUGUCUAAAAAGCUGUGUAACAUGAAAAAGCUGAUUAAACUGAGUGUGUUUGGCCUACAGAACUGGAAAGCCUUAGGGGUCCUAUCAAUAUGAACCUAAUCUGUAAGAAUUGGAAAGGAGAGAAAAUUCCGACUAAACUGGAGUGGCAAAGUAAACUGCUAGAAUACGCCGAGUUGGCAAAAAUGACAUAGAAACUGAGAGGUCACAUCGAUCAAACAUUUAUUAGAAAAUGGGACAUGUACAAAAAUAUCUUAAGGACUAUUGUAAUAAUAUGACUUCUGUGGUAUGAUGGAUAAUUAUAAGAGAAUAUAUUACUGAUGAAAAUUAACAAAAGAAAAUGAAAACAAACAAUGCCCUAGAUAGAUUAAGUGGUAGAUGCAAGAUGGGGUGAUGGGAAGUCGUUAGAAAUGCAAGAAGAACUUAUUGUGAUAUGAUGUAACAAAUAUUACUGGUUUCUUUUCUUUUUUCUGGAAAAAUCUUUUGUUUGUUGUUUCCUUUUAAUUUCAAUAAAGCAUUAAAAAAAAUCAAUAGAACCUUGGUAUUGGUUAUUGUGAGGGAUAGCUGUAGCCAGUGUUAGAAACUCAGGUAUAUAACCUAUAUAGCCAAAUGGCACAUACCUUUUUUUUGUUUCCUGUUAUGCCACAUUUUUCAAGGAUAGAUCCUUCUGUUGAUGACUUGUAGGCUUCUACAUAUUUUGCAUUCCAAAUGUGUUGCAUUAUAAUUAGUAGAAGGCAUAUUUUGUGUGGAAGAUUUUAACAUUUUAUCUGUUGAAAAAUAUUUGUCUUCAGUGUGUUGUGACUUGAGACAAACAGCCUAUGAAGGAUUCACCUUUCACUGUGGUGAUUCUUGUAUAUGGUUUCCUUCUUAGUUGCCCUGUUCUAAAGAUUCCUGGUUUGAUUUUCUAUGAUUCAGCCUCCAUCUUACUGACUUGCUUACCUGACACUUAUGUAAAUGGUUACAUGUAAAAAGGGCGGCCUUAUUCCUUUUGUAUUCUGACGCAGGCUGUAGUUUGCCUCUGGGAUUUCAAGGAGGUGGAGAUUAGUCAGGAGGAGCUAGGUUUACUUUACAGGAUGUGGAAGAGGAAGAAGACAUCUAAAAACAAAUUUGCUAGUAAGUCACCUUUUCUCUCUUUUUCUUAUGGUGAAGUUCAUCCAUUCUUAAAAGCUAUUAAACUUUUCUUGUAUCUUUGUAUUAUGAAGUUCAUACAAGUUCAUUAUUAUGAAGUUAAGGAGUUAAAUAAUGUCCUCCUAGUCGUGGUUGAUAAGCCUCUCAAGAAACAAAACCGUUUCUGCUCUGUUUUCUCUAUCUAGUCUCCCAAAAUAUUCCUGAAGAGGUGUAACAAUAGUGCCAACUUAAGAUAAGUAGCAAUGCUCUUUCCUAAGUAGGCCCAGCUGGUGCUUUGGGAAUUGCAAGUGACCAGCAUUUUCCAGUUUGCAUAUUCCAUGGAUUCAGGUUUUUUUUUUUAUGUGAUGUCUGUAUGUGUUUCUUUUUUUAAAAAAAUCUACUAUAAGGUUUCUAGCUAUGAAAUAGCCUGACUUUUUCAUCAUGCUCACAGUCUUUCCUCACUGUUCUGUGUACAUGCCAUACAUUUAAACCACACACUCUUCAAAUCCUGGAACCUGUAGUUUGUUGAGGGUGCUGAGGAUUUUAUAUUUGUGAAAGGUAAGCCAUAGUGCCAAAUAUUAUUCAGGGGUAAAAUGUACUUAAGUAUAUGGUGUUGUACAUAGCUUUCUUUUUUACAGUUCAGUAUAAGUAAGCUUUGGAAUUAAAUCCUUCAACAAAAUGAAAAACAAACUGUAAUAUCCAAAGUUUGUAUUUGAAAUUUAGGCAAUAUCCUGCUUUGGUGUAAAAAUAACUCAUCUUGGCUAAGUUGGUAGUUAUUGGUAACUGGCAUUUUAUCUGAUUAUUUUCAGUUAGCUAAGUUUAUGUAGCUGCUGCCAAUUUACUCAUUCAUCUUGAGCUCACCUGACUAGAGCAUGGGUGUAGCCAGGAUUUAUUUGGGGGGUGGGGCAGAACUGAGUUAUCUGUGAUGCAAUUGGUCAAGUAUUUUUAUUUAUUUGAUUUGGGGGCAGUUUUUCCCCCUGCCUCCCUUGGCUAUGCCCAUAGACUAGAGUUUUGGUAUGGAAUAUGUUUACCAACUUUUAAAUCGGAAUGUGUAUGCAUUAUACAUAAUAAUAACUAAAUAAAUAUCUGAUAAUGUGGACUCUAGUUUACAAAACAGGGUAUAAAUCCAAGGACUCCCUGGCAGACGAGGGAGGGGCAUCCCUCGCAGAGGAUUUGAAUGCCUUUUUUGCCCGUUUUGAAGUAACAUCUGCAGCAACACCUGCUGAGGCUUUACCAACACCGCCACCACUCCCUGUGAAGGCUUUGCCAUCAUCACCACCAUUACCAUCAUCAGUACAAAGGAAUGCAGUAGUCUCUGUGGAAAAAGAAGAGAUGAGGAAGGUGUUGAAGGGAAUCAACCCAAGGAAGGCCACAGGGCCAGAUGGGGUAGCUGGAAGGGUAUUGAGAGACUGUGCAGAUCAACUAGCAGGAGUUUUCACUGGGAUUUUAAAUCGAUCCCUAGCCCAGGCUAUUGUUCCAUCCUGCCUAAAGUCCUCUAUUAUCGUUCCAAUAGCAAAAAAAUCUAACCCGGAAGAUCUGAAUGAUUUUCGUCCAGUAGCAAUAAUCAUGAAGUGCUUUGAAAAGCUGGUACGAAAUUAUGUCAUUGCUUGCCUACCAGAGGGACUGGACACAUUCCAAUUUGCUUAUAAAACGAAAAGAUCGACAGAGGACACUGUGGCGAUUGCCCUCCAUGCCAUCCUUGCACAUUUGGAGCAGCGGUGGGGUUAUGCCAGACUGCUUUUUUUAGAUUUCAGCUCGGCAUUUAAUACCAUUCUACCACAACGUCUGAUGUCUAAACUGGAAGAUCUGGGGCUUCUGUUAUCACUUUGUGGGUGGAUAUUGGACUUUUUGUCAGACCGCCCACAGAGGGUUCGGUUCGGCCCUUAUACCUCUAAUAUGCUCAAGACUAACAUAGGAACACCACAGGGAUGCAUACUCAGUCCGCUCCUUUAUAUUCUCUACACGUACGAUUGUGUCGCUACUCACCCUAGUAAUAGGGUUGUCAAAUUUGCAGAUGACACCACCGUGAUUGGGCUCAUCCCUGAAAGGGAGGGUGAAACGGAUUAUAGAGAUGAGGUGGAGCGGCUGACAGAGUGGUGCAGAGCUAACAACUUGCUCAUAAAUACAAGGAAGACAAAGGAGCUUGUGGUGGACUUCAGGAGACAGAAGAGCAACGUCCAGCCACUUUUGAUUGAUGGGGUCUGUGUGGAGAGGGUAACAACGUUCAGAUUUUUGGGCAUUGAAUUACAAGAGGAUCUGUCCUGGAGUGUCAACACAAGGGGGCUUGUGAAGAAGGCGCAGCAGAGACUGUACUCUUUGAGAAUACUAAGGAAAAACCAUCUUCCACAGAAACUGCUGCUUGCCUUCUAUCACUGUGCCAUUGAGAGCGUGCUCACUUAUGGCUUAUGUGUGUGGUACGGAAGCUGUACUACCCGGGACAGGAUGGGGUUGUGCAGGGUUGUUAAGGCAGCAGAGAGCAUUGUUGGCUGCCCACUCUCCACCUUAGAGCAGAUUUAUGCCACAAGGUGCCAUAGGAAGGCACUGGACAUAGUAAAAGAUCCAUUGCAUCCCAGUCACUGUCUCUUCGAGCUCUUGCCGUCGGGACGGAGAUACAGGACGAUGAAGACAAGAACGAGCCGUCUUAAGAACAGCUUCUUCCCCAGAGCGAUCUCGGCCCUGAAUGGGAAGCCCGGACUUUGAAAGUCAUCUAAUCUCCAUUGCUGUAUUAUACUAUAUUGAUUAAUUAGUGUUUUUAUGGAGCAGUCAAUUAAUUUCGUUGUCCCCGAAGGGGGCAAUGACAAUAAAGAUAUUAUUAUUAUUAUUAUUAUUAUUAUUAAAAGUUUAUUACGGUAGCACUGUCAAUGGUGGUUGCCAGGCUUUGGGGCCAGUGUAUUAAAUGUCUGUAUAUUUAUUUAGUUAUUAUUAUGUAUAAUAAUAAUAAUAAUAAUAAUAAUAAUAAUAGUCAAGUUUACAAAAGUAUAUGACCAUACAUCUUCCUGGACCAGCUCCAUAGAAUAGGAAUUGGGGGCACUGUGCUAUAGUGAAUCUGGUCCAGGUCCAGAGAGUAGCAUUAGGAGAGUGCUUUUAGCGGCCCCCGCCCCCCGGUAAUUAUGUCAUGGGGUUCAAAGCACUAUUUUAUCUCCAGUCCUAAUUAAUAUCUAUAUAGAGCAGUCAUAUAGAGCAGGUGUUUUAGGGCAAGAUGCUAUCAGUGACACUCUUGAUUUGUUUCACUCUAACAUUUGGGUUAAGAACUUAAUUCGUUCGGAGGUCCAUUCUUAACCUGAAACUGUUCUUAACCUGAGGUACCACUUUAGCUAAUGGGGCCUCCUGCUGCCGCCACAUGAUUUCUGUUCUUAUCCUCAAGCAAAGUUCGUAACCCGAGGUACUAUUUUUGGGUUAGCGGAGUCUGUACCCUGAAGCAUCUGUAACCUGAAGCAUCUGUAACCCGAGGUACCACUGUACCUGAGAUGCAGUUGUGUGAUCGGUGAGGGGAAAAUAAGCCUAGCUUGAAUCCUGGAGGCACUGUGGACAAGUAGUUCCUAUGUCUGAAAAACUGGUCAAUUUGUUGUUUUGUGUGGGCUUGCAUUCUCCCUGAAGGAGCAGGCAUGCUUCAAAAUCUAGCUAUGUCACUGGAGGCCCAAGUAACCAGUGGCUAGAAGUGCUUUUUACCAGCUGUGCUUAGUACAAGAACUUCAGCCUUUCCAGGACCCGGAGGGCAUGGCCACAGUAGUUCAGGAACCUGGUGACUUCAAGAUUGAAUUACUGCAGUGCACUUUCUGUGGAGCUCCCCUUAUGCUAGACCUGGAAACUACAGUUAAUACAGGAUGGUGCAGUGCAAUUACUGACAAGAGUGAGACCCUAUCAGCAUAUAUCCCCUCUGCUCCUGAGAUCUGCAUCACUUGCUGAUUUGUUACCAGAUCAAGUUCAGAGUGGUAACUGUUGGUAUGUAGAGUCCCUAAUGGCUUAGGAAUCGUUUACUUGUGGGUUCACCUUACCUAAUAUGUGCCCAGUUGACUGCUUUCAUCUGCAGAGCUGGUGCUGUUACAGCUGCCACAUAAUACUCAUUCCACAGUUCUAAGAAAGUGUGGUAGCACCUACACUUUGAAAUUUCCUGCCAUCAGGCAGGUGCCUUCGCUGUACUCUUUUCAGUGCCUGGUUUUUCGUUAGGCAAACUUUUUUGUUUAGGGAAACCUAUCCAGAAACAUAUACAGUCAUUUUUGAAUAUUUUUCACUCUUAAUUUUAGUUAUUUUCAAAUGUUUUAAAUUGGGUUUUUUAUAAUUUUAAUAUUUUUUGUAGACCACUUAGAAGUUUUACUGUAAUCAAGCGGUGUAUAAAUUUUGUAAAAUAAAAAUGAAAUAAUAGGUGGAAGGGUGGGCAUAUAAUGCUCAGGUCCAGUUAAAUGUCAGCAUGGUUUAAGAAGGCAUGUUCAGUGUAGCUGGGACAAUGUGGAUUUUUGUGGGAAUAUUUUUAAACUCCUUUCUCAAGCACAAUAGGAGGUACUGGUGGGCAAACUGGUGGCUGUGGAUGCCAUGUUGGUGACCCUUGCCAUAUUAAAUUUGUUAGAUUUUUAGGUGCCACAAGACUCUCUGUUUGUUGCAACAGAAUAACACACCUACCCUUCUGGAAGUUUUAUUAAAAGGAUAUUUGAAAACACUGCACCAAUUUUUUUAUGAUGCACAGAAUCUAAAGUCCUAGUAAAACCUUACAGAUCAUUCUUACAGCUCUUUCUUGGUUGUGUGAUCCUAUCUUCACAAGCAUGCACAGCUUUUAACAUUUCUUCUUAACUUUGUAUCUUGUUUGAAUCGGCAGUUAAAGACUUGCUAUUGUUUUGUACAGCACAUUUGAGAGUGCCUCUCAUGUGUUUGACACAUGUGCUAAAAGUAGCUCUUCAGAUUAAUCACCCAAGCUCCCCAUGAACACUACUAUUAUUGUUCCCAAAUUAGGUGUUAUGAAACCUUGGGAUCUGAUUAUCAUUAGGUAAUUACACUUAUGGGAAUGCUCUGAUUCAGCAGUGUGGAUUAAUGAGUGACAUCACCUUUAGCAGUUGCACCAAGAAAUAAUAGAACAGGAUCACACCACCUGUUACCUCUGUUUCAGUAUGUGGUUAUUUUUCCCCUUGUAAGUUAAAUAGAGGGGAAAGAAAAGGAAAAAGUAAGCUUUGCGUGGUCACAAAAAUCUAAAAUGUUGCAUUGGUGAGGUUGUGGUGGGGAAAACAUGGUGGGUGGAUCAAGUGUUGGACUUGGACCAGGGAAAUUGAGGUUCAAAUUCUGCUUGGUUUAGUUACAAAAGUCACUGUGUGCAGUUUGCACUAUUUCCCAGGAUUGCUGUGAGAAUAAAGGGGAGCAGGGAAUGUAACAAGACACGCUCUCUUGAAUUUCUUGCAGAAAGAAUGGACUAAAAAUGUAGGAAAAUAAAUAACCUUUGUAGGUUGUACCUUUGCAUUACACUGUCAGUAAAGGCACUGACCCUACCUAGAACUGUCUGUAUCAAACUUUAUUUUGGUCACUGACCAGCAUAAAGAACUGUCUGGUGUUUUUCUGUUCCACUGACACACUCCACUGGUGUACUGAAUGGGCACUCUGCACACAAAUGAUGUGUAUUCACAGAGGCUAAAUUUGGGUGCCUUAAUCUGGAGAUCAUUGUACACCACUGAGGACUUUGCACUAGGCCAGGGGUGGCCAUCUACUUUCAAAAUUAAAAUCUACCCCCGUUUUUUAGGGGUUCAGGUCAAAGUGUGUGGGGGGGGGGUUAGGGAUUUUUUUGCAGCUCUUCUGAGGGAGGAACAGCAGCAGCCACUAACCUUACGAUCACUGGCCAGAUAACAGCCUCCGUUUCUAAACUCUUCCCUUCUGUAACAAUAAUGUUACAGAACAGGGAGAGGGGGUGGGGCCGGAAGGGGGCCAGCGAUCUACCAAAACCUCGCAGGGAUCGACCAGUAGAUCGUGAUUGAUGUGUUGGACAUCCCUGCACUAGGCUAACGUGCGCUUAAUUACUUGGAGGGUCUACAGGGCGUGUACAGAAUCCCAACUAAACCAGACUUCUCAGUUACACUGAGCACAACAGUUACACUAUCUGUCUUCACAACAGUUGUUUGAGGUAAUUUAGUUGACUGUAUGUGACUGAUGCAAAGUGAGGUUCACGGCUUUUAGUCAGGAUUUGAACUGAGGUCUGCACAUCCUCAGUCCAACAGUCCAUCCUCUAGCUCAGUGUUUCCUAACCUUUGGUCUCUAGCUGUUUUCGGACUACAUUUCCCACCAUCCCUGACCGCUGGUAUUGCUAGCUAGGGAUGAUGGGAGUUGUAGUCCAAAAGCAACUGGCGACCCAAGGUUGGGAAACACUGCUCUAGCUUAUGUUGGCUUUCUGCUUUUGUAUCCUGCUGUAUUAAGAGGGCUCAGGGCAAUACUAUACAUUAAAAAGAAAAGUAAAGCUGAUAUGUUAAUGCUUUUCCAGCAGCGUUUUGUUCCAGAUGUAUUGUGUGCUGGUGCUGUACGUUGCUUUUAAUUUUGCAUCUAUUUAAGUAUACUGAAGCAGAGAAAGCAGAUCCCUCCUCACAUUGCUUAUGCAUGUUACAGAUGCUUUAAAACACGUGAAGCAGUAGCUAAACUGUGUGCAGAAAUUCUGUGAAUAUGAUCUUUUGAGCUGGUCACGUUCUUGCUAAAUCCAGAUAUUGUUUGGGUUAGUGUUUUUCUCCACAUUACCCAAAUUCUCUAUUGAGCAGCCAUGGCAGCAGUUAGUCCUGUGCAGAGAUUAUAGAUUUCCAGGUGUACAAUGAUGUGAUUGUACCGUGUUUGUAUAUGCUUAUGAUAGCAUAAACUUGCUUUUUCUAAAAUAGGUUUUUAAGAUCCAUAUAUUCAGUCAGAGUUAGAUUCUGAAGUAACAAGACAAAUUUAAAAAAACAACAACAUUUUUUAAAAAAAUCAGUAUUCAGACAAUAUUAUUUUGUUGGUUAGACCCAACUUUAGUAUUGAUAUUGUCAAGAGUAGGGCCCUGGUUCCAUUAUCUACCACCAGCAUAUAUGACACACACUAAAAAAGGAAGAUAGGCCUUUAAAUUUUAUUUUACCCAUGUAGUACGUGUUGCUUUAUGCUUUAUCUUUGUUUUUUGAACUGCAUUCUAGGGAACUCUAGAUUUCUCAGAAGCUUACUCAAGUUCCUCACUGAGAACAUCAGAAACAGUGGACAAUCAUCCCUGAAAGACAGCUUUCCCAUUUCUCACAAUCUUCCCCUACAAUGGCCAAUCACAGCAAAGUGCUAUAUAGCGUGUGAUACACUUUGAGUUUACACACACAGAGUGAUGAGGUUGAAUAGGCCUCUGAUCAUCAUUCAGUGUGAACUGAUUCUGCAUGCUUAAACAUGCCUCAGAACUUAGGUGGCCAGACUGGGGGUGUGGGGAGACAAUAGAUAUUGAGAAGGUAUAAUUUCAGCAGGUGCAGCCUGUCUUCUUUUUCAUCUGGCCACCCUGCCCAGAAUCCAUUGUAAUGCAAGGAGUUCUUGCCAAUCAACUCUGUGUGAAAUGAUUCCUUGAAAGAGGACAGUUUGAAAACCUCUUUUAUAAUCUUAGUAAUUCAUUGUGUAGAAUCAGUGGGUUGUGCUUCUGAUGGGGUCUGAAACAUGUUAUCUCUCUUUUUCUAAAUGGAGCCCCUUUUAGGUGGCUAGACCCAAGUAACAACACACAAAGUGAAAACCAGUCCAAGCCUAGUCAGAUACUACAUUUGAUUGUAUUGGUUUUCCUUGUGGCUCUAGCUAAUGCAAACUACAUGGAUUGGUUAGUAAUAUCAACCACCUGCCCCAUUUCUUUAAAACACGUGGCACAUCACACAAUAUAUUAUUUAUUGACCCUGGGCAAACAACCCAGUACUGUGUUAACUACCAAUAGGUUAUGUCCUUACUUCCGACCUGAUCCUACUUAAGCAACAUGGAAAAUUUGGCUCCUUACGAUUUCAUUAACAGAUUAUUCUGCCCUGUGGUCAGUAGAAGAUAUUGAAUGUGUUUUUUUAUUAGGUUGCUCCUAAUCUUGGGUGCGGGUGGCGCUGUGGGCUAAACCACAGAGACUGGGGCUUGCCGAUCGGAAGGUCGGCAGUUCAAAUCCCCGCAACGGGGUGAACUCCCUUUGUUCGGUCCCAGCUUCCCACCUAGCAGUUCAAAAGCAUGUCAAGUGCAAGUAGAUAAAUAGGUACUGCUCUGGCGGGAAGGUAAACAGCAUUUCCGUGCGCUGUUCUGGUUCACCAGAAGCGGCUUAGUCAUGCUGGCCACAUGACACGGAAGCUGUCUGCGGACAAACACCGGUUCCCUCGACCUAUAGAGUGAGAUGAACGCGCAACCCCAGAGUCGCCCACGACUGGACCUAAUGGUCAGGGGUACCUUUACCUUUACCUUUAAUCUUGGGUAGUGAUGUAGUUGUAUUGGCACCAAACAUAAUGGCAUGGAUCAUUUCUUCAUUGAAGUAUCAUAUCUUCCACUUACUGUGCUCAUUGUCUCAGAUAAAUAUCUUAUCCCUUCUUGUAAGCAGGAAAAAAGUAGGAUGUUGAAAGAGCAAAUCCUGGGCCUAUCAAAUCACUGCAGAGUAAAUGGAGUUCCUGUUGACUUUCAGCAGGAUACCAAUCACCACUGGCUUUUAUAUGAGUUGGCCUAUAAUUUAGAGCAAAUUACUGUGUAUGAUCUGAAUCCCAAAUCUGUUUUUUGCAAAGGCUGGUAAGGUUGUUUGUGGUCUUUUUAAAACAACAACAACAGGGAAAUGACGGCAAAUCAAUAUGUGAUUUUUGUGGCAACUUUUACAGUAUGUUUGUUCUCUCUUUCCCACAAUACGUGGCUGUAGAUUUCUAACCCAAAUCAUCAGUUGCUAUAGGAGUUCAUUAUUGAAGACUAAUGCUACCUUUUCCAAUGCCUAAAUGAUAGUGCACAUAGCAAAUCUCAACAUUCUUACUCAUGGGUUAACCUUCAGUGUCAUAAUAUUUAUGUAAGACUGUGAUGCUGCAUUGAUGAAACAGUUAACACAUGCUUUACCAAGCUUUUAGCGGCUGUCUCUUGAGAUGCAGCUGCUCGUUAUUUGUAACAAACAAAUACAGUACAUAUUGGGCCGAAUAUAAGCCACCCUUGAACAUAGGCCGCAACUGUAAAAUGAGAUAUCUUAAAUGAAAGGUUCUCUACACAGUUAGAGGCUGCACUAAGGUUUUUAGAAGCCAGAUUUUUAUUGGGGGGGUGGCAUUUAUUCAGACCAAUACAAGGUUGUUGUUUUUAAAAUAAAGUCAUUAGGGAGCUUUACACCUUACAUUUAAAAUGUACACCUAAAAAUACAAGACAUGAAUGUGCUCUGUGUGUUCUGUGAUGUGUAUGUUGUAUAGGCAUACACAUCAAGAAUCUACAGUUGGCUGUGGUUUUUUUAGUUGACUGUACACCUUUAAAGAGUGAACUUCAUUUUUCUAUCAUGGAAUGGAAUGGCCCUUAGAAGCUGCAGCAAUCCCACACAAGAAGAAGAAAGGAGCACACAGUGAGUGUGUGAUACUUUCUGCGUGACCAGCUAAUGUUCAGUUGAAUUACAACCUGCCUGGAUUUGAUAGAGAGAUCAGUACAUUAAUCAAAACGAUGGAAGAAAUUGAAAAUGACAUUUUAGAAAAAGUUGAUUACGGGGUAUAUUUUAAUCUUUAUUAUUGUCCAGAUUUCACAAGAAGUGUUCUGCUGAAUUUUUGUGUUGGUUUCUGUGGUUGGAUCUCUCUACCAAUGCUGAAUAGGUUUGUAAUUCUGUUGACAUGGGUAGUGUUUAGAACCUCUAUAGGCUUUGUUUCAAACCCACCCUACAUUAUGAGUUGAUGUAUAAAGUCAGUGGGGAGGUAUAUUUCCUAUUCUUGUGGUUCUUAACUAUGGAACUUGCAGCAUCUACUAUGCCCUGCAUAUCAAACCUUCAAAUCAUUUUAUGCUCAACUAGUGUGCUGUAAAGAGCCAUGACAUUUUUAUUCUAGCAAGGUAAAGGUAUGACCAAAGUAUCUUCUGGUCACUUAAGAGUGCUACAUAAUACACUUCUAUCACACUUUUCCAGUGGCUGCUCUUCUUGCCUAUUAAACUGUAUUAGCACAUAUCUAUAGUUCAGUUUUCCAGAUUCAUCAUUGAAAGCUUGUAUAGGUUGCUCACUUGUGGAUUUCUUGUCUGGAUCAUAGAGGGGUGGUAGAUUGGCCCAGAAGCUGCAUCCUGAAAACAUGUUUUCCUGACAUCCACUAGUGAGGAAAGUCAUUCCUUAGUUCUAUACUAAUGGAAAGCACAUGCAUGUCUUCUCACUUUUUGGUAGCACACAGGACACUAGUCAUACUGGAACUUUAGCAGUGCACACUGCAUUUGUGCUGCCUGGAUUCCAGGCUUCCACUGUGCUGAUAUAUCACUGAUAUAUCAGAUGAUCUAUCAGUCAGCCUAGACUGGCUUCUUAAUAGAUCACUGCCUAUGUUGACUAUCACUGCAGUGACAACUUUGACAUAUGCUUCUCUGCCAGAUGAGUGAAUGAAAGAAUUACAUGAGUACAUGAGUCUGCUUAUUUGUCUGUUUAGGAGUGAAUGCCUAUAUCUGCUGUCAGAUUCUCUCCAGGUAAAAUGCUAGAAGGGUCAAAUGUCCAUUGUCGACAAAGGAUGAGAUCCUGUAUCUCAGUCUUCCCUAAACUUGGAAGGGGGUGCAAAGUGGGGAAGGGGAGAGAAUAGGGUUAAUUGGUAGAAUAUAUUAAUAGGAAACUUCAUUUCAGAAUGCUGUCACUUAUGCAGUUUACAGAAUAUUCUUGGGUAGGGAGAAUAUUUUUGUUAAGAAAAGAACAAAUUCUAAGCAAUUCAGUUUUGUUUACAUGUUCUAUGCCAAGAAAGACAUUUGAAAAGGAAAAUGCAUUUCUGAGUUUUUGAUUUGAUGCAAUUGUGUUGUUUUUGGCAAUAGCUUGGGGAAUAUUCUUGGAAGUAUACUGCAUUAAACUUUGAUUGUUGGCUUUUAAUGCCAGCCUUGGUUAUUUCCACACCCAGUGCUAAUGUAUAUCUCAUGGGUAGGCAAACUAAGGCCUGGGGGCCAGAUCUGGCCCAAUCGCCUUCUAAAUCCGGCCCACGGACAUUCCGGGUAUCAGUGUGUUUUUACAUGUGUAGAAUGUGUCCUUUUAUUUAAAAUGCAUUUCUGGAUUAUUUGUGAGGCCUGUCUGGUGUUUUUACAUGACUAGAAUGUGUGCUUUUAUUUAAAAUGUACCUCUGGGUUAUUUGUGGGGCAUAGGAAUUUGUUCAACCUCCCCCCAUAUAGUCCGGCCCCCCACAAGGUCUGAGGGACAGUGGACCGGCCCCCUGCUGAAAAAGUUUGCUGACCCCUGGCUCAAAGGAUAGCUAAGGAGGAUUAUACUAACCUUUAAACAUGUGAUCCAGUCUGUCUUAUCAUAAGAUCAUAACAAAAGCCCUACUUUAUUAAGCCAAACACCUGUCUAGUUCAGCAUCCUGUUCUCACAGUGCCCAGCCAAAUGCCCAUGGGAAGCCUGCAAGAAGGAUUUGAGUGCAAGAGCACUUUCCCCACUUGCCUUUUCAGAAACUGGUAUUCAGACGCAUUCUGUCUCCAACUGUGUAAGUAGAACAAAGCCAUUGUGGCUAGCAGCCAUUAGUAGCCUUCUCAUACCUAAAUUUGUCUAAUCCUCUGUUAAAGCCAUCCAGGUUGGAGACCAUCACUACCUCUUGUGCUAGCAUAUUCUAGAGUUUAACUAUAUACUGUGUGCAGAAUUAGCUCUUUUUGUCUGUUUCAAAUCUUUCAACAUUCAGCCUCGUUGGAUUUACCCAAGUUCUAGUAUUUUAAGAGACAUGGUGUUUUUUUGCUGUCUAAUUUGUUCACAUUGUGCAUACAUUGUGUACACAUUGUGUACGUACAUUGUACACCUUUAUAAUAUCCUUUUUGACUUUUUCCUAAACACUUUAGAGUUAAUAAUAAUAAUAAUAAUAAUAAUAAUAAUAAUAAUACCCCGCCUAUCUGGCUGGAUUUCCCCAGCCACUCUCUGUGGCUUCCAGCAAAAUAUAAAAAUAUAAUAAAACAUCAAACAUUCAAAAACUUCCCCAUAGAGGGCUGCCUUCAGAUGUCUUCUAAAAGUUGUGUAGUUCUUUAUCUCAUUGAUAUCUGAUGGCAGGGUGUUCCACAAGGCGGGUUCCACUGCUAGGAAUGCCCUUUUCCUGGUUCCCUGCAGCUUCACUUCUCUCAGUGAGGGAAGUGAAGUUGCAGAAAACCAGGAAGAGGGCCUUCUCGGUAGUGGCACCCGCCCUGUGGAACAGUUCAUUGAAAUUAUGCCCCAAAUGUUGUAACUGUUCCUCAUUGAGAAUUCUCCAUCUCCUUGAUCAUUUUGGUCCCUUUUUUUAUGAACCUUUCCCAUUUCUAUAAAAUCCUUUUUGAGGCAGAUGACCAGGAUUGUACACAAUAUUUCAAACGUGGUUGCAGCAUAGCUUUGCAUAAUGACAUUAUGUAUUUGCAGCUUUAUUUUAUCCCCACACCCAAUGAUCCCUAGCGUGGCAUUUGUCGUUUUCACAUCUGCCAUGCACUGGGUCAACAUAUUCAUUGAGCUGUCUCCUAUGCACUGAAGGUCUUGUUCCUGGGCAAUCACUGUCAUUUCAGCACCCAUCAGCAUAUAUGUGGAAUUAGGAUUAGUUUGGGCUACUUUACUUUUAGUCACUCAUGGACAGUGUUGGGGAAAAUAUCUCAACUUUUAGGAGCCAGAAUUAAUUCUAAGGAACAUUGGCUCCCCAGGAAGUCCAUAUUGAUAUGAUCAGUGCAAAAUCAGGAAAGUUGCAUGUCCAUCUCAGCCACAGUAUUGCUACAAACUCCAGACUUUCCUUUUAACAGUGAUGUGGUGGAGCAGACAUGAAGUGCUGCCACUUACUUCACAUCAGGGAUGAUGUUGUUAUCUUGGGGCACUAUUUGACAUUUCUCUCCUUGCUUACAUGUGUGCAAGUCUACUCAGAAUUAAGCCCUAUUGGGUUGAUGGGAUUACUCUUAAAUGUGUAUACUGAGGAUUUAUUUAUUUCUUAGUAAAGCAAGUCGUUAUGUAUAAUACAUAUAGUUUACCAGUUUGUUCUCAGACGGCUCAUGUGCGGAGGGGACAUCUUUUCCCUAAGUCUGCCCCUUCAACUUUUUCUGAAACUACAUUGAAAGGGGGAAGUGGUUCUUUAAAAAGCCAGGCCAAACAAGGAUGGAGGGAGGAAUACAGAGGAAGAAUGAGACAGCUUCAGGAGAUGUUGGGUUCUGCAUCAAAUAAGGGCAGGGUUGCAUACAGCCUCUGGGCCAACGACUGCCCAUCUGUGUUCUAGAACAGUGUUUUUCAACCACUGUUCCGCGGCACACUAGUGUGCCGCGAGAUGUUGCCUGGUGUGCCGUGGGAAAAAUUGAAAAAUUUGAAAGAUUUAAAAAAAAAUAAAAUUCAAAUUUUCGCCCACUAGGCGGGCGCCGGACUAUGUCCUGGGUAUGGGGGGGGUUUGACCCCACCCUCGGCCAGCAGGGGCGCCGAUUGGCGCUCCUCAGGGGGACACCCUCUACUUUUCUGAUGUCCGGGCUGUGAUUGGUCCAGACUCCAGCCUGGACCUAUCACAGUAGGACAUCAUCUUCCGACUUCCUUCCGGCCUGAGCACAGUGUGCGCAGCAGCGGAGAGAAGAAGACGUUGCGACUCGAGUCACCAGGAGGACCGGAGAAGUUGUCAUUUUAUUUCUCUUCGGUCUCCACUGAAUGCCUUGACUGGGUUAGGGACCCUUAUAGCUCAGCAUCAGUUGGUGGAAAGGACAUGACUUUACAGGAGCAGGAGGAACUAACUGAACUGAGACAAAAUCGUGGUUUCAAGCUAAGAUUUGCUGAUCUACCUUUGGACAGUUUUUGGUUGGAUACUGCCAAGGAGUUCCCUCUUCUGGCAAACAAAGCUAUUUUGACAUUGCUCCCAUUUUCCACUACAUAUCUGUGUGAGAUGAGCUUUUCAAGCAUGAUUGCUAUAAAAACUAAAUACAGAGAGAGACUGAGAGCUGUUGACGAAGAGCUACGUGUGUGUCUUUCUUCGAUUCCAGCCAGAAUAUCAGCUUUGUGUUCAGCCAAACAGGCCCAGGUUGUGCACUGAAUAAAGUAUUUUAUAAUUUUUCAUAUUUCUGUUUACUUACUAUUUCAUAAUAAAGUAAUUAUAAAAUACUUUCUUUGUGUUUGAUUCCUAUUCAAGAGAAUUACUUUAUAUAUAGUCAAUAUAGGCACAGAGUUAAAUUUUUUAACAUUUUCUAAUGGUGUUGUGCCUCGUGAUUUUUUCCAUGAAACAAGUGUGCCUUUGCCCAAAAAAGGUUGAAAAACACUGUUCUAGAAUACCAAGCUUUCUCUCUGCUCAGAAUGACUAUCCUCCCAAUAAAAUAUAUUUUGUGUGUGUAAGCCAGCUGGCCAUUGUAGCUGAUUGGCAGAAGUACAGGUAGUUAUGAGGGAGGGGGAUUAAUCAAGCACAGGAGGUAGCUUGGAAUGUUUCAAAUGCACACUCUUUCAUAUUGGAGUAAAGUAAAAUUUAGUUAUUCCAGCCAUGCAUGUACACACAUACCCCACACUUGGGUUAAUUGUAUUAGUGACUAUAACACAAAUCAGUUGGGUACUAGCUUAGUAAAAUAAGGUGCCAGCAUUUUGAAGAAAUACAUGUGCUUUGUAUUAUUCAAAUUGAUCGUGCCUUUAGCAUCCUUGCCUUUACUAGUUCCUAGUUAGAGACAAUUUUUUGCACUUCAUUUACACAGGCUUUGAUUCUGAUAAUUCUUCAGGGGAGUUUUCAGAAGCAAUUCAUAAAGUCGAUGUGGAUGCCCACCAAAGUAAUAGAACUGGAAGACACAUUGGCGAUGGACCAGUGCAAGAGAAUGGAAUCAAGAAACACAGGUAUUUUCCAAAGCAGACCUAACAGCAAUUACUAUCUGGUUCAUGCAAAUCAUAGCAGGUUCUUUUGUUUGGACAUCCAUUAAGCAACCUUGCCACUUCCUGGGAAGAGAGGCUUAAAUACAUCUACAGUGGUACCUCUGGAUACGCACACCUCUGGUUGCGUAUCCUUCAGGACGCGAAUGUGGCAAACCCGGAAGUAUUUUUCUGGGUUUCGUCACGCGCAAAAUUGCUGUACCGCGGGCAUGCGCAGAACAGGCAUCUCCAGUUGUGAAUUCCUCAGGAUCCGACCGGAGCUCCAGAAUGGAUCCUGUGUGCAACCGGAGGUACCACUGUAUAUACACAACUUAAGGAAACGCUUCUAAGAAUUAUGAUAGGGAAGGGAAGCAGAAGCUAGCUUACUUGUGGGUGGUACUGCAGCCUGAAACAUUUCUGUUUGGUUGUUUUUAACAAAAAUAAUUCUCUCUCUAAAACUUUGACCUAAUUAUUUUUGAAAAGAGGAAAACAAAGCAGCUUAUAACAACAGCAGCAAUAACAAAACUAGCAGCAACUGUUGGUUUUAAAGGCUGUCUCCCACAUCAUCACUUGAGAACACUAUGGAUAAAUUGAAGAUGGGGGAGUCACAUCUUUUGGAAAGCAGCAAAAUGAAGUUUUGUAUGUUUGUUUAAUCUCCUUGACUAAAUAAAAUGGGGAUGACUCACUUGGUUGUAUACAGGCACUUGUUACUUGCCAUAUGUAAGCAAGUGAGAACUCAAGGCUGCCACGUCAUGUGAACUGGCCUGGAGUGGCCUUGGUUAGAUUGCUGCCUGUUAGCUUUAGUUCAAAUAGAGUGCUCAUAUUCUAGUCUAAUGCAGUCAGGUGACCUUGUCAGCCUAAUUUCACUGUCAAGACUUUCUCUUGCUUUCUUCUGCGUGGUUAAUACUAAUUCUAGAACCUGCAUUUAUUUUACUUGUACGUCAGUCUCAUUCUUUUGAAUGGAUCUUUCAUUUCAAGUAGAUAUACCUAAGAUCACAAUCUUAGAAUCAGUUUCUUUGUCUUUCCCUCUGGGUGUAUUUAAAAAUGCAUGUAAGCAGUGAAAAGAUUGUUCUUGCAACAUCAUAAAGUUGUGUGGUUUUGACAAAGUGCUGGAAUCCUGGAUAAUUGAUUGGAGUUCUGCAUGAGUAAGGACUACAUUGUUGGGACUUAGAAGUGACAGUUGCAGAUGGAUGCUUUUACCAAAAAGAGUUCAGUAGUGGUUUUAACCUGCUAUUCUCUCUCCCCCCCACCCCUCUACAGAACAUCAUUACCUGCACCAAUGUUCACUAGGAGUGAUUUCAGUAUCUGGAGUAUCUUAAAAAAAUGCAUUGGACUGGUGAGUUACUGUCACAUACUGAUGUAGUUUACCUGGUGCUUUUGAUAAAAUUUGCAUUGCUUAGUGAGGGCAAAGGUCAAGUUUGCAGAUGCAAAAUAGAAGUACCAGAACUGUUGUGGUACAAUGCAGAAAGCAAAGAGUGAAAUUGGCUUGUUCUGUUAUCCAUGCUGAAGUACAAAAAAUACAUAAUAUUAUUACUGCUCUUUGUUCUGGUAAUGAAGGCAGUGAUGGUUUUGUAAAUGAAAUAGCAGCACUUUGACUCUUCUGGUCCUAAUUGCUAAUUUUUCCUCUUUUCUCUCUUAUUCCCCACCUUUUAAAGUUUUUUUUUUAAAGUUUCAAUCUUUUUCUUUAAAUGAUUUUUGUGACGAUUUGGUAGGUAGUCCUGAUACAAAUUAAAUCCUUAGUGUAUUGCUCUGUGUUGAGCACACAUUUGAAAUAUUUCCUCAGACUAUGCUUUCACAUUACAUUAUUUAUGUAUCUGUGAUUAUAAUUCCAUAUUUUGAAGAUACUGGUCUGUUACUGUGGAUCAGUCCCAUGAAUUGCCUAAUGUAGACAGUUACCCAGCAUUGAGAGGCAAGCUAGCAGGUGAUAUUUAACAAUAAUAUUUCUUUUACCUUUUUGUGUUUUCUUGCCAUUGGCACACAUGACUAGACAUCUGGGGCGUGAAUGCUUAUUGUGAUAGUGCAAGCUUUCUAAAUUUUGUUUUAACCACAUUCUCUGUAUAUCUGCUGCUUUAGUAGGAGGCUGACAGUGAUUUUUAGCUGAUGUCUCAUGCUCCAUUAUACACCAUGCCUCUGCAUUUUAUCAUAGUUGCUCAAGCCCUUGUUUCUUAUUCAUAUUGUAUGCAUUUUCUCUUGUACUGUUUAGGAGUUGUCUAAGAUAACCAUGCCCAUUGCCUUCAAUGAACCCUUGAGCUUCCUCCAGCGGAUAACAGAAUAUAUGGAACACACAUACCUCAUUAAUAAAGCAUGCAGUCAUUCAAACUCGGUAGAAAGAAUGCAGGUAAUGUUAGCUAUCAUGCAGCUUUGCCCUUCAAAUUCUUUCCAUCGUGCAUUUAAGAUGGCUGGCUGCCUGCCUAUGUAGAGAGUUGUGGGGGCUUAUAGGAAGCAAGCUUAUAUGACUGUCCUAAUAAGUUGCUUAUUUGAGUGUUUAGCAAUUUGCAGUAAGUAUCAUGAAAAGGUUUUAUGUUCAGGUCACUCAACCAUUGCAGAAGCAGCACCUUUUCAAAAUUAUUGUAAAUCUGUCACGAACUGAGCUAAAUGGCAGAAUACCAGAUCCCAGAGGUAACAGUAUAGAAAUUAAAAUCCCGUAAAGGAUCUUGUUGCUUUAUUAAACCCCAACAAUUUUAGCACUCAUAAUUUAGACAUGACUAUCCUCACAGCACUAAAAACUCUUACAAAUAUAGAGGUUAAAUGCACCUAAUUCAUGGUGACACCAGGUGAUGAACCAGUUGGUAGCCCCAUCCACUUGUCAAAUUGGAUCAAACUCUUGACACUUGGGGAAGCAAAAGGUCCAGCUGGAAGAGGUUCCUCACCUGUGGCUUAGAGAGAAGAUUGCAUCUCCAGAAGCAAUUGGUCUUUUUUGUUUAGGGAACAUUUAAACACCAUUUGAGAAUAGUAAAGGAAAAGUUAUUACAGCAUAUAAAAAUCAUAAUUGCCCAUUUGGGAUUGCCUUUUGUUUUACAUUAAGAUUCCUUACCACUAUGCUUUUUGCAGGCUGUUGCUGCUUUUGCAGUUUCUGCUGUAGCCUCUCAGUGGGAGAGAACUGGCAAACCCUUUAACCCUCUUCUUGGAGAAACAUACGAAUUAAUCAGGUGAGAAUACCAACUUUGACAGAGUCUUGUUUUUCCUUUGAGAUAUACACAUUCCAACUGGCUUGAACAAAAUGGGUUUUUCUAGGAGUGUAAAGUCUGCUUGGUCUUUGUUAAUGUAAACUAUUUCAAAUGUUAGCCAAAACUCUCUGAUCUGUAUCAGAUAUGCUGUUUGAUCAGCCAUCUAAUUGUUUAGAAAUUGUGCAAAAUAUGAAUGUUAAGAAGAUUUUCUUGAGGUAUAAAGAGGGUGCUCAGGAGGGCCCCAGACUAUUGGGGCUGCUUAUGAACUACACCAUAAUCUCCUACUAGAAUCUUUACUGUCCUUUUAUGGCAUUUCUGUAUGGGCUCUGGAGUGGGGGAUUUUUGAAAUCCCAGUCCCCAUGUUGACUACACGCAGGCUUCUCUAGCACUACAUUGUUUAGCUGAUGGUGUGGAUAAACAUGGAUGAAGGGUGUGGAAAACCAAAUGAAAGGGGUUGUAUCCAUUGUUGUGCUCCACACCUUGGUGGUGGGGGUAAGAGAUAAGGGAGAAAGUCCCAUUGCUCAAGCAAAAAUCCUUGCAUGUCCCAGCUCCUAGGGGCAAAGGCAGUUUCGGAGCCCCCUAUGUUUUUUAGAGGGAGGCUGGCCCCCUCAAUGUUCAGAGGGCAUUCGGCUCUUCAGGAUGUCACACCGGGCCCACUCAGUGAACUCUGAUUGGCAGGGUGCAAUACCGCCCAAAAUAUUUGCCUGUGUAUGUGAUAGUACGUUGUGUUGUUUUAUAUUCAAGUGCCAAGCCAAGAAUGCCAUAAAUUCCCAUGUAGACAUGUUUUUGUUGUAUUAAUGGUAUUGUAUAGUUUGCUGGUGAUGAUAUUGGUACUUAAUACUCAAGUAUCUACCUCAUCACAGUGCUUAAAAAGGUUUAUCUACUAAUAAGUAACAUGGGUAGUGGGGCAGAGUUAUUUCCAGCUGUUGUAGGGGAGAGCAGUUGGAUUGUACAGCAGUAAUUCAGAACUGGUAUUCUGUCUCAUUUAUACUGAUCAUUGCCUUUUCUUCUUUGUAGGGAGGAUUUAGGAUUUAGGUUUAUUUCUGAACAAGUCAGUCAUCACCCACCUAUCAGUGCUUUUUAUUCAGAAGGCUUAAACCAAGACUUCAUUUUUCACGGAUCAAUUUACCCUAAACUGAAGUUCUGGGGGAAGAGUGUAGAAGCAGAGCCACGGGGAACAAUAACAUUGGAACUCCUAAAGUAUGUAUAUAUAUUUUCUCUUGUUACCUAUGUAUGACCUCCAAACUGUCUCAUGUAAAUGCAUAGUAUAUUGUGAUCUUUCUCUGGUUUGCAUAGGCCUGUGAGUAGUUGAGCUUAGGUAAUUUGAGGGUUUUUUUUGCAGUGUACUAGGAGAUGAAACACAUAUACAUAAAUUACAGUGUGUGAAUUGGUUGAGACUUCUGCAGAUGAUGACACAAUCACAUGACUUCAACAUUUGGGCCUCAUUCCCUACCCCUCAACCCUUAGGCAGUUGGCAUUUUCUGAAACAAAAAAAGGGAAUUCUUCUGCUUCUUAAACUGUUAUGAGAUAUGUGAUCAAGAGCUCUGCUGUAUUAUGGAUGACACAAAGUUAUCGCUGUCCUGGACUUGGAUAACAACUGGUUCAAAAUAGGCAUCAAUUGAUUUAACAGUUUGGUGGUUUGCUUUGUUGAAUAUCAAUAAGAAAAUACAAAGGACAAACAGAUAAGUCUGAGCACUGCUGGGAUACAAAAGAUAAUAAACUACUGAGAUGCUUGACAUACAUGGAAAACAGAAUUUAGAAAUGAUACUUUAUGUAAUAGCUAAAGUCAAAAUAGAAAAUAUAGACGAGCUUAAGAGCCAAACAGCAAGUAUUUCUGUACAGAAAUCUAUUUGUCUCAAGAGCACGUUUUACAGUUUAAGCAUUCAAUACUCAGAUUUAAACCCUCACAUGCUACCUGUAUGUUGUUGCUGAAAUCAAUAUUCCAGCCAUAUUUAUUGAUCUUUCACACACACAUUGUGUGUGUGUGUGUGUUCAGGGUCUCCUAGUCCAGGAAUUAUUGAAGCUAUUGCACAAGGCAUAGCUGAUAAAAGUUGCUUCUAGUCACGGAGGCUACCUGGGCUCCAGUGACAAUGCUGCAACCAAAAGCACCCCUGCCCAGGGCAGGCAAUUUGCCAGUUUCUCAGAAUGAAGUUGUUGCACCAUUUUGGAGGCAUAUUCCUCAGUAUCAAAGGUCCACACUGCACAUACAAUCAAAUGCAUGUAACAGUAGCCCAUGAGUCCAUUUUAGAUUACGAAAAGGUGCUUCCAGUGAAGGGACUAGGAAGUGAUGAGGGGGUGGUUAACCCUUUCCUCAUUCCAUACUGUCCCCUCAAUGCAUCACGCAGUUUUAAAUUAACGUGCAUUUCGGAACCCAGGAGGGUAAAUCUUGCAGGUGGAGAUAUUGAAAAUGGGAAAGGCAUGGGAGGAAAGAAUUAAGAAUUCUUUCUCCUUACCACCUACCUGCUCUUUAUUGUCCUCACAAGUAGUGAUGUCUGUCAUCUAAAUGGGUAUCUAAACUGCUGUUAUGUGCAUAAUAUGUAACUUGGUGUAAAAUUAUGAGAUCUUGAAUUCAAUUACUGCAUGUUUAGAGGUGAAAUUGCAUGUUGAUUACAUUUAACAUGCUUCAAGAGCUUUUAGUACUAGAAAAGAGAGAGAUUUGACAGAAGUGCAAGACACCGGCGAUAAACACCUUAGCAGAAAUAAUCAUUUCUGUCUGCUGAUUUAACUCAAGCUUCUUUUAGCAAGGGCUCUCAGCAGAUACUACCCACAUAUUCAGAUUAUUAAGGAACUUCAAACAAGCCUCUUUUCUUUCAUUCAAUUGCUUAUUCGCCUUCCAUCUGUUCAGAACAUGGCACAAUUACAAUGACUGAGGGUGAACAUUGCAGAGACCGCUACAAAAACAGGAGCUGUUCAUUGGAAAAUGAUCCGGAGCGCUUGGAUUCUCUUUUCAGAUUCUCUGCUUUUAGCGUCCCUGGUAUCUGAUUGGCCUUUCUUCUCUCCCCCACAGACAUAAUGAAGCUUACACAUGGACUAAUCCUACUUGCUGUGUACAUAAUGUAAUUAUUGGCCAUCUCUGGAUAGAACAGUAUGGAACAGUAGAAAUUAUAAAUCACAGGUAUCCUUUAUUUAUUUUAUUUCAUUUGUAUUCCCAACCCUUUACCUUCACGGAACUCAAUUUUUGCCACUAUGUGUCAUUUAAAAACUGGAAAGUGGAACAGAGUACAGUGGUACCUCAGGUUACAUACGCUUCAGGUUACAAACUCCGCUAACCCAGAAAUAGUGCUUCAGGUUAAGAACUUUGCUUCAGGAUGAGAACAGAAAUCGUGCGGCAGCAGCAGGAGGCCCCAUUAGCUAAAGUGGUGCUUCAGGUUAAGAACAGUUUCAGGUUAAGAAUGGACCUCCGGAACGAAUUAAGUUCUUAACCCGAGGUACCACUGUACUCCUAUCUUACAGUAUGUAUAGAUUAAUGAAUUAAAAUAAAAUACUUCUAGCUCAAUUAAGUGGCACAAUUGUAAUGAAGUCCAGUUUUCUUCUGGUCACUUGGGGAGCAGUUAAGUGAUAAUGAUUUGAAUGGGUGUGCGCUAUUAUCUCCUUUGUGUUUGGUAGAGAUGUUCCUGUGUUUGAAAGAUUUGUUGCUAAUUUGGAGGUCCGUGUAUGUGAUCUGCUUCUGCUGGAAUUUUUUUUCUGAGCAUUACCUCCUUGACAAUUUCGCCUGUAUGGAUUUUUAUGUGGGGUCCAACCUCUCAAGCAAAUAUUUUUUGGCCCCCACGAUGCCACUGACUUUUGCAGCAGUGAGUAAAAAAAUUAAAAUUAACCUAGCACUGGGAAGGGUGGAGCCCAGUGCCCUAAUGAGGAAGCAGAUCAUCCCCUAUACCAUUGUCAGAUGGACCAUUUGAUGGGCCGAAAGGACCUUGCAUUCCUUGGCUAAUGUGCAUGGAUCGUCCGAGGAGCAGCUUGUGGUGUUGGUGUGUCCAGUAUGUAGGUGUGUGAGAGAGAGUGGGGUGACCACACCCACCGCUGGGAUGCAGCCCCCAGAGAGUUGGCCAAAGGAGAAUGUGGCUCCCAGACCCAGUUAUAAGCUUCCUGUCUUUCAUAAAGAAGCCUGAAAGUUUGGUGCACUCUUCUUUGCUUAUAUUUCCCUUUUAAUAGCUCUUGUACCAAACCUUCAGACGAUGACUUAAAUAUCAUGGAGUUGAAAUUCAUGCCCAGGGGGAGCAAUGGAGAUCUGUUGCCAUUUUUCACAAGACAGCAGCCACAAUCCCUCUUGUACAUGCAUACCUUUCCAUCCUUCCCCUUUCCUUUUUACUUGUACAGCAUCACAUUGUAUCUUAAACCUGUUGUUGAAACUCUGCAUGUAUGGUUGUAGUGAUCCCAACACAGUGACUACCGAAAUCAUGCUGGUAUCAGGCAGAAGGCUUUUACAAGAACUUUGUGAGGAUUCAACACCAAGGAAUUAAUCUGUUAACUACACUUUGUUUUCCUUUUGCAGUACUGGAGAUAAAUGUAUCCUUCACUUUAAACCAUGCGGUCUGUUUGGGAAAGAGCUUCACAGAAUAGAGGGCUACAUUCAGGACAAAAAGUAAGUCUACGUGCUUGUUUACGUGUUCAGGGAUUGAGCUCAGUUGUCCUACUCUAGUUUGAGCUCGGCUAGAGGAAAAUUUGAGAGGGAGUAUGCAGACAUACCUGGCCACAGAAGCUGAUGUAAAUCAAGCUUCUGUAAUAAACAUUUGUUUGAAGAAUAUGUUACUGACAUCCUGGGUGGAAAAUGUAAAUAUAAGGUUGCUUAGUAAACCUGCAAUAUUCCCUUCCCUUAUUUUAUUUUACCAGAAGAAAUAAUCUUAGAGUGGAAGUUCAAGUUGAACUCUACAAAAAACACACCCUCGUAUUGCUCUCUUUCCCCUGCAAUUGUUUUGAUCACUUCCUGUGUCCUGGUGGUGUCAUAUUGUUCAUUUCCACACACACACACACCCAUUUGUUGCCUUCUGAUGGUGGGAAGGAUAAAUACACUUUUUGAUGAUAUUGAGAUGCAAGUGACUCAUCUUCCAUGUUACAGAGGAGCAACAGUGAGCUCAAUAGGGUGUCAUUUUUAGCAGCAGCUCCUUGCUGAAAGUAACAUGCAGUUCUGCUCAUAGUUUGGUCUGAACUAAAUACAGUCUGGACUUUAGUUAUGUUCAGUGUUAUUAUUUUUCAAAAUAAACAGUAAGAAGAAACUUGCAGUGAUCUAUGGCAAAUGGACAGAAUGUUUGUGGUGUGUUGAUCCUUCCACUUAUGAAAACUACAAGAAGAACGAGAGGAGAGGUGGUGACCAGAGGAAACCAAAGCCGGUAAUGUUUGUUGAUGUUGUGAUGGCAGGAGGAGGACUUAAACUCUUAAACUUAAACUCUUUUACUUAAAUGAGGUGUUCCUCAAAAAGGAAACAUUGGAAGGAACCAAACUGAUGCAGUAUUAGGUGGACUGAGUAAAGCUUAUACUUGAUUAUCUUUGUGACAAGGGUCCAGAUCUUCCAAAUUAAAGUGUUUUGUGAACUCCCACAGACUUCAGUAUCUGCCUGGAAUGAGCAUUAGGAGAAGCUGCUGUCCAAAUUUAAUCACAUCUUAUCGUCUUCACAUUAGAUUGUUAAAAAUGAGAAUGCUACUGAUGCAUUGGGGUUUUUUAGCUGUAAAGCUGUAAAUUGAGGCUAUGCUGUUCUGCGACUUUUUCUGUUUGGGCAUAUAAUAAACCCUUUAAUAGAGCCCCUCUGUGAACAAUCUCAGGUUUUCAUUUUGUCUCCCGCUUCUUCUGUACUCUGUGGAUUGUAAAUCUCCUGGGAUCAAGAGCUAGAUUUUAAUGUACCAAUAUCCAAUCUCCUUUCUUGAUGUAUUUGUGUUCUGGGAGUUACUACCUGUUAUUUUGAGAGAGGCCCAUUCUUGGGCCUCAGCUUACAUACGGUUCUUGGGGGGAAAUGACUAUUUGCUUGUUUGUAUGAACAAAAACAGAAGAAAAGAGAAUAGAGGCUGGAAUAGAAUAUAAAAGGAGCAAUGAAUAGGGUUGUUCACACAGCCCCCAUCCGAACUUGUCCUGGAGUCCUGAUUUGGGGCGCCAGAUCACCACCUACCUGGGGAACACCACCUACCUGGGGAACACCUGGGAAUCUGGCCCCAAAUCAAUUCAGAGGCAGGGCAUAUGUUCAGUUAGGAUUAUUUUACAUCUUUCCUUUAAAAAACAAAAAAAACAAACAAAACCUAAUUAACCAUAUGCUGCAGGUAGGGGAAGGAGAGGCUGUGUCUUGUCCUUCCCUGGCCUUGCUCUAUAUCACAUUUAAUCAGGAUUUAAAGCCCUGAUAAAGCAUGAGAAUCAAGAGGGGGGCAGGAGAAGAGAUGCUGUGUCAUUUUGAACUUGACAUACUUCUUACUUUCCCUGAACUAUGUCUUUGUUUCAAGAGUGAUGAUCCUGAUAAUGAUGAAGCAGAUGAUAUGCCAGAGAUCCAAGAGACUGUGCAAGUUGUACCUGGCAGUAAGCUACUUUGGAGGAUAAGCACUAGACCACCAAAUUCAUCCCAGGUAAGUUGCUUAUUAAUUGGUAUAUUGGGAGCAGGGACAUAAUUCAAAAGACCUAGUUCAAGUAAGGUAGACUAAUCACACUACAACAAUCAGACCAAAGGCCUAUCUAGUCUAGCAUUCAGCUCUCACAGCAAUCAGCCACAUGCCUACUGUAAGAAUUUGUGUGUGUGUGUGUGUGUGUGUGUGUGUGUGUGUGAGAGAGAGAGAGAGAGAGAGAGAGAGAGAGAGAGAGAACAAACCUUUUGUUACUCUUGAGCUCUGCUACAACCAAAUGAGAGAGAAUCUAUCUUGACCUUUGGACUCUGUAUUCUUACUAUUAAUAGUGUUGUUAUUAGAUGUUUUAUUUUGCCUAUCAUGGAAGGUUUAAGGAACACCAGGUAGAGAUGGUUACCAGUACUCUUUUAUAUUACAUUAAAAGUGUGGGAAUUAUAGGGGGAAAGGAAACUCUGAGGUCAUUCCAAGCUAAGUAGUUUGCCAUGCUGCCUAUUGAUGUACCCACAUAAUAUAUGUGGCUCAACCUGCCUCAAGAUUAUUAUUUCACUAUCUGUACUUUUUUCCUGUUUGGCCAUAAUGAGGAUUGGUAGUACUAUGGCAGAAUGAGAGAGAUAACUGAAAUUCUGCUGAUUUGAAUUUGGAUAUUAGACACAAGCUUUUCCAAUAAUAAUAAUAAUAAUAAUAAUUUAUUAUUUAUACCCCGCCCAUCUGGCUGGGCUUCCCCGGCCACUCUGGGCGGCUUCCAAAAGAAUAUUAAAAUACUAUAAUACAUCAAACAUUAAAAGCUUCCCGAAACAGGGCUGCCUUCAGAUGUCUUCUAAAAGCCUGGUAGUUGUUGUUCUCUUUGACAUCUGGUGGGAGGGUGUUCCACAGGGAAGGCGCCACUACCGAGAAGGCCCUCUGCCUGGUUCCCUGUAACUUGGCUUCUCGCAGUGAGGGAACCGCCAGAAGGCCCUCAGUGCUGGACCUCAGUGUCCGGGUAGAAUGAUGGGGGUGGAGACGCUCCUUCAGAUAUACUGGACCAAGGCUGUUUAGGGCUUUAAAGGUCAGCACCAACACUUUGAAUUGUGCUCGGAAACGUACUGGGAGCCAAUGUAGGUCUUUCAAGACCGGUGUUAUGUGGUCUCUGCGGCCGCUCCCAGUCACCAGUCUAGCUGCCGCGUUCUGGAUUAGUUGUAGUUUCCGGGUCACCUUCAAAGGUAGCCCCACGUAGAGCGCAUUGCAGUAAUCCAAGCAGGAGAUAACCAGAGCAUGCACCACUCUGGCGAGGCAGUCCGCAGGCAGAUAGGGUCUCAGCCUGCGUACCAGAUGGAGCUGGUAAACAGCUGCCCUGGACACAGAUUUGACCUGUGCCUCCAUGGACAGCUGUGAGUCCAAAAUGACUCCCAGGCUGCGCACCUGGUCCUUCAGGGGCACAGUUACCCCAUUCAGGACCAGGGAAUCCUCCACACCUGCCCGCCUCCUGUCCCCCAAAAACAGUACUUCUGUCUUGUCAGGAUUCAACCUCAAUCUGUUAGCCGCCAUCCAACCUCCAACCGCCUCCAGGCACUCACACAGGACCUUCACUGCCUUCACUGGUUCUGAUUUGAAAGAGAGGUAGAGCUGGGUAUCAUCUGCAUACUGAUGAACACCCAGCCCAAAUCCCCUGAUGAUCUCUCCCAGCGGCUUCAUGUAGAUGUUGAAAAGCAUGGGGAGAGGACAGAACCCUGAGGCACCCCACAAGUGAGGGCCCAGGGGUCUGAACACUCAUCCCCCACCACCACUUUCUGAACACGGCCCAGGAGGAAGGAGCGGAACCACUGUAUAACAGUGCCCCCAGCUCCCAGCCCCUCAAGACGGUCCAGAAGGAUGUUAUGGUCGAUGGUAUCAAACGCCGCUGAGAGAUCCAGCAGAACUAGGAAACAGCUCUCACCUUUGUCCCUAGCCCGCCGGAGAUCAUCAACCAGUGCGACCAAGGCAGUUUCAGUCCCAUGAUGAGGCCUGAAUCCCGACUGGAAGGGAUCCAAAUGGUCCGCUUCUUCCAGGCGUGCCUUAAUGCACAAGCAUAUUCUUCAGUUGUGCAAAAAUGCUGUGGCAGGUUGCCAAAGACAAUAUUUCCGAGCUCAAAAAGUAUUCCACAGCAACCAAACAGUAUUGAUCUCCAAAACUGAUAUUUCACUUUGAUGGUCACUUCUUGCAUCAUCUCUGUACAAGACACAAUAGAAAACUCCAUUUUUGGGACUGUUUCCUGUGCUCGUUCCCUGUAGCAGGGCAGACAUCUCUAAUAUUGAUGAUCAAUCCACAUUUUGUGCUUGUGGACUGAAAGGAUUCCAUUUGGCUGCUGCGUGUUUUUCAAUGGCAGGACUGUUGUUAAUGGGCUUCCUUUUGUGCUGCUUUUGCUGUUAUGAGAGAUGUGAAUUUGCCCCCCCCCUUAAAAUAGAAAUGACCUCUUCCAGGUCAUUCUCACAUUGCUUCUGUUCUGUGUUUCAUCAUCUCUGAUUGCCUUGCCAUCUCUGUGUUCUUGGGCAGACGUUGCUUAUGAUUCUAUUGGAGGUGUUUUUGAUUUUCCGGUUGCUUUUUUUGGCAAAUUCAGUGUUCAACCAGUUCAUACAGGACUCGGACAAAUGACUCAGCAGUUUCUCCUAGCAUAGUAGGCUGCAGUCCUAACUCCACUUACCUGAGUAUAACCCCCAUUUUAUGAAACAAGACUUACCUCUGAGUUAGGUUAGGAUUGUGCUGUUAGCUCUCUGAUAAAAGUAGGCCCUCUGAGGAAGCACAGCACAUUUUGGAAUGAAGUAUAUAUGGAAUUUAAAAGCAAUGCUGUCUUCUUUGCCCCAUAGCAGCUAAUAGCAGUUUCCAAUGAGGGGAGGGGGAGAGACUCACGUUGCAUGAAAGGCUAAAGCACUUCUUCCUUCAGUGCUUCCCCUGAGGGGAUCUCCACCCAAGCACUCACUGUUACUUUGUUUAGGAGGAAGGCUUGCUCGCUUAUCUCUGCAUAGCACUGGUGGGUAAUGCCAUAGCACAUCUUUAUAGGAUGCAAAUGUCAGUUCACCCUGACAAUAUAAACACAUUUUUGUUUUCGUUCAAGAUGUACAAUUUCACCAAUUUUGCCGUCAGUCUCAACGAACUAGAAAAAGGCAUGGAAGAAGUGUUGGCUCCCACUGACUGUCGAUUGAGGCCAGACAUCAGAUACAUGGAGAAUGGAGAAAUUGGUAUGUGUGAGUGGGUAGGUUUUAGGAGUGGGCCUGCCGGCCUGCCUGCCCAUGCAGAUUAGAAAUUCCAAGCAUUAUAUUCUGCCAUUUUGCAUGCCUCUUUCCUCUCAUUUAUGUUAAUGCAGAAAUUUAUAGCCUGCCCUUCAGUAAGUUCCCAAGGCAGGUGGAUGGUAGAAUGGGCCUCUGGGGGGCGGGGAAGUAGUCACCCACGUAACUGCCUAUGGACUACUUAAAGCUUCAGGUAUCACAUAUUAUAAUAAAACUGCAAAUUAUAAAAUGAUACUCCGGAACAGCUCCCUGUUGGCUUAAUUCCAGCCACCUUUCACCCAGCUUCGUCUAGUGAUCAGGCUGCAGUGCUUUCUCUUUGAUUCAGACCUGACAGUUGUGCCUUUGUAAUCUUGCAGUCAUGCUGCUGUGUUACUUUUUAGUAGAGCUGCUUUGGUGAAUGGGAGGGUGCAGCUGUUAAUGGAUUGCGGUGCCUUGCUUCCUGCUGGCAGACCCCUCACAAUUAUGGGAUUUGCCUUUCUGGGCAACUUGCUAAAAUCAAAGCCUGGGCAUCUUUCAGUGACCAAGUUUAAGGUGGUGGUCUGAGUAGAAUGAGAAAAAAUUGCUUUGUGUUGUGAGCUUUCCUUAAAUGUGUUCUUAAAACUAUCUGGAUUUUGUUUCUCUACCUUCCAUUCCUUUGUACUUUUUCUCCUUAUUUUAUAAAGUAAUCAGUCCCUAUUAAAAUGUCUGUUAGAUCUGGCUAGCAAAGAGAAAGAGAGACUAGAAGAGAAGCAGAGAGCUGCUCGUAAGGAACGUGCAAAAGAUGAAGCCGAAUGGAGAACAAGGUAACUAGUGGUGGAAACGGAAACUGGCUGUGCAGUUAGGCUGUUUGCAGUUAUGGCCAUAUGAAGAUUACCACAAGUGCAUGUUUGUUGGUAACAUGCUUACUCUGAGGAGGGAGGCUGUUUGUGUGAACAGAGAAACUAGAUGAGGUUGGUAUAAGGAUCAAAGUAGUGUAGAAUCGGUUUGUGCAGUCUUUUUCCUCCUCAGAAAUCCCUGUGCCUUCUUAAUGAACAGUAUAGAGAAGCAGUGCAGCCUUUUCUGGUACUACUACAGCAGUGUGCUCAAUAAGUGUUAUUAAUACUAAUGUUAAUAGUGCUGGCAACUGACCUAAUGCUCAGAUGGGUUGCUGAAGGGGGAACUGGGUGGGAACCUGCAAGUUCUCCUUAAAGCCAGUGAAGGGUCAUAACUCUUUACCCUGGCAUUUUACACUAGAUAGAUAGGACCUACUCUAGUUGUGAUUUGUUUCAAUGCUGUAUUUUAUAUUGCUGUAACCCACACGGGGACCGUUUGGUGAAGGGCAAGUAAUAACUCAUCAUACUCCAGUAACAGAGGCCAUCCUUCUCUGACAGGUUAAGGUAUGGCUGUGGGACCCUCCAGACUGGAGCAUUUGUGUGGGUGUGUUCUGUGACACAUCAUUCACACAGUAAUGGUGCAUUAGCUGCAGAUUUAUGCUGGACCAUCUGCACUCCUGCAUUAUAGUGCAACAAAAGCGGGCAAAAUGAAGUAAGGCGGAACCAUAAAAGUUACAGAAUUUCCUUGAGGCAUUUAUAGGUCAAAAGUAGCACUUUGAAUUGAGCCUGGAGACUAAGAGUGUAGUCGUGCUAGAAUUGGUUUUAUAUGCUUGGACUGUCUUGCUCCAGUCGGCAAUCUGGAUGCUGAAUUCUGCAACAGCUGCAGUUUCUAAACCAUCUUCAAAGGCAGCUUUAUGUAUAACGCAUUACAGUCAUUUAGCCUGGAGGUUACCAGAGCUUAGGCAACAGAGGUUAGGCUUUAUUAAUGUAUUUUACGGUUGCACCUAACAUUUCCCCAACCCACUGUCUCCUUUUUUCCACAGAUGGUUUUAUCAGGGCACCAAUCCAUACCUUGGGACUCCUGACUGGUUAUACUCAGGAGGGUACUUUGAUAGAAACUUCUUUGACUGUCCAGAUAUAUACUGA